AUGAAAAGGCUUCAGGAAAAGGCUGAGGUAGAAUCCGAGGUGGAGCCUCGUUUUGGCAACUCCUGCGACGCCGCAGGAGUUGCCAAUAUUAGGAUGUUCCUAAAACCGCGCGAAAAGACACCCCCUUGGUUUGUUUACAUCCGUCAGCUGAUUCGCAGGAAACCAACCCCUUCAACAGCUGAUGCAAGACCUUUUGAAACGCACUUCUUAGAUCUUUGCAGCAUACGUACUCAGGGAAGAUUUAAAUUUAACUUUCCAACAAUGUCUCGGCCUCAAGAGACAGGAUCAGAGCAGAAGGAGCAGAUUGUCAAGCAUCUAGCAGAAGACUAUGCCAAGUAUUUCAUUGUUGAUACGACACAAGAGAGAGGUGCCCUUGACCACGAGUUAGAAUCUAUGCUGACCAGACUUGAGGAAUAUGGAAGUCUCCUGGAUAGGACUCGAGCAGAAAGUCGCCAUACCCUGGAUGUACUUGUCCCCCAAGUCUACUCACAUUAUCAAGCCCUCCAGCGAACAUUCCAGAGCAUAGACAACUUGGAGACCUUAGUGAUGAGGGUAAAGAAUGACCUUGGGAAGAUGGAGGCAGCUGUAGAUCGAGCAGAGGUGGACCUAGGGCCUGCUCAUGGCUUAACAACAGUGAUACGACCUCUGUUUUUUAAAAGAGACCACCAUCAAACGCCAAGACCCUCAGGAUCACAGCUCACUUUCCAGCCACCUGAGAUCUUUCACACACAAGACUUCUUUGAGACACUGGAUAAACAUGCCCCUGGUGAAAGGCCAAAAGUUCAAAGCUAAAAUCGUAAUCUUGUAUUUUUUUUUUUUUUUUUUUUUUUUUUUUUUUCUCUCUCUCAAAACCGUUAUUGCCUUACUGUUACUUAAAGAGAUUUAAGAAUCUCAUGGACUUGGUCAAGAAUUACCUAUAUAUUGUGUCUUAUUUUAGUCAUUAUUCUGUCAGUAGUGAACUAGUAAGUCUUUCUUUCUUCUUUUCAGUAGUCAGAGUGACUUUGAAUAUCACUAUUUUACAGUAAUAAACUUUUAUUGCAAAUAAGUAAAGUAUAGAUUCUUUAGCUAUAUCAGCACACAAGUGUGAUUGCACAAUUGCAGCCAUACUUGCACACACACAUGUACAUGCCAAAACCAUACUUAUAUCCACACCCAUAAUCCCCUCCACAUAUCAACACCCAACCCAUAAUCCUUCACCCACACCCACACCCUAUCUAACACCCACACUCACACCAACAUCCACACCUACACCCUAUCUAACACCCACACUCACACCCUCACCUACACCCACACCCACACCCACACCUACACCCACACCUACACCCUAUCUACACCCACAUCCUAGCCAAUCACCCACACCCUAUUCAACACCCACACCCAUACAAACCUACCCCCCUACACACACACACACACACACACACACACACACACACACACACACACACACACACACACACACACACACACACACACACACACACUCACACUUACACUUACACUUACACUCACACUCACACUCACACUCACACACUCACACACACACUCACACUCACACUCACACUCACGCACUCACACACACCUGUGCAUGUGCAUUAACACAGACAGGGGUACAGGAUUUCAAAUGAGGUAAGUACUGUAUUUGCUGGUAUAUAAGACAAUUUUUUUUUUUUUUUUUCAGAAAGUAUUGAAGUAUUACCUUAUAACCAGUUUGCCCAAAUCACUGAUACCAAAAUGGAGGCCUAGCCAUGAAUACAUAAGGCUUAUAGUUACUGUUUUUUUUCUUUAAAGUUUAGAAUGUGUAAUCAGCUGUUUCUUAUUCCAAUCUCUGUAAUGAUAUUCAGUGAAAACUACAUUUGCUCUUACUGAUCUAUGAGCAAAGCACUGGAAUUUCAUUUCAGGUUACAAAAUCUACUUGAAGAUUUCCUGUAUUUUUAUUUUUCUCAUUGUCUCAAUACUUAAUAAUGGACGGCUGGAAUAGUGCGGAAAUUUUCCAGUGAAUUUCUCAAAAUAAUUUUCAUUAUGAUUUUCAAAAUAGCAAAUAUUUAUUUUUGAAUAAUGUUUCAAAAACAGGGGUGUGUCUUAUACACUAGUGAAAGUCAAAGCUGCUGAAGUCCAAAGAAUAGGAAAAAAAGGUAUAUUACACAGGCUAAAAAUAGGAAGGAUUCUACCAGAAUGCAUAAAUGUGAAGUGAAGAUCUGUUCUCAGGUUUUUAUUAUUGUUCCUGAAGAAUCAUAGCUCAUAAUGCAUUAUAAAACUUUUAUAUUUUUUUGUAAGUGUGAUAUUUUUUUUUACAGAGCAUAUAGGCAUAUUUGGGCAUUAUAUUAAUAUGUUUCCUAU